AUGCUGACGGCUCCGCUAGGCUGUAGGAUCUGCACACAAAGGGGCGUGAAAUGUCGCGGAUAUGGAGUCCGCCUACUGUGGCCGUCGGGAGUUGCAGGCAUCUCAAAACAACAGAAGACGGCUAGGAGACGCUUAAGCAGAGCAUCGUCGACCCCGGAAUCGCCAGAAGUGCUCCUUCCCGGGGCUAUAUCAGCUCUGGCGCUGCCGGCGGAGGACAGCUUCUUCAUGCAACAUUACCUCCAGAAUAUCGCUAGGAUAGCCCUCGCCAUCGAUUACAAUGGAAAUGGAUAUCGCUCCCUGCUGCCUAUGGCCGUGAAAGAGCCUGCGGUGUUAAACGCAGCCCUCGCAGUUGCCGCCUCGCACCACAGCCGCUGGCAGCGCAAGCCCGAUACAGUAUCUCGCAAGUACCUCCGUGCUGCCUCCAAAGCUCUACGAGAGAGGUUUCUGUGUCCGAACAGUAUCCAUGAUCCCGUUACUUUAACCUCGAUGUUGCUACUAGUCUCUUUCGAGGUUUUUUCGGGCUCGAGUCGGUGGAAAGGACACUACGAUGCAAUCCGUGACUGGAUCCGAUCUCGGGGCGACUGCUCCGACAUCGAACCAUUUCUGAAAACGUGGGUUUGUUUGAUUGACACCCAGACUGCCCUUAAUCUCGGCGAACCAGCGAUGCCAGAACUAGAAUCCUGGCUUGAUAUAACCACAGAAACGGCGGGUCAGGGGGAAUUCGUUGAUGCUUUCUUUGGCUGUUCAGCCAAGCUACCGAAGCUUAUGUGGGCUGCUUCCCGACUCUACGCAGCCUCUAAGGAAAACCAGACAACCAUGGAUGAAUUACAGAACCAAGUGGAAGCUCUACAAGCCCAAAUCCGGUCGACAGCCAUAGUCCUCGAGUCAAGCCCUCUAGUAAACUUCUCUUGCCGGAGUACUGCGCAGCCGUUCGCGACCGUGGGGAUGGGGCAAGAGGAGCUCCGCCGGAGGAUGGUCGCAACAGCAGAGAUAUUCCGACACUCCUCGCACAUAUAUGUGCACCGAAUUCUCCACGGACCGGAGGAGCCCCUAACGGAGGAGAUGCAGACAUCCCUCGACACCGCGCAGGAGCUAUUGACAAUGGUCCCUGACGCGCUCGGCCCCGGCGCUAACCUCGGUUGGUGCCUGGUUGUCAUCGGGGCUGAGAUGGAUGGCAUUCACGAGAGAGAUUAUGUCCAGUCUAGACUGGAUGGUCUACACCUGCUGGGCAUCCACAACACAAAGAAUGGUCAGAAGAUUCUCGAUGAGGUCUGGGCUCGUCGAGACCUGGUUACUAGCGGACACGCAAUGCCGGAGAGAUGGCAGGAUACUAUGCAACGAAUUGGACAGUCGCAAAUCUUGGUCUAG